AUGAGUGGUCAAUCUCAGACGAAUUCUUUACCGCCAACAAGACCAUCGGGUGAGCAUGUUUACACGAAAUUACAAGUACAUUUCGGUGGUGAUGUUCAAGAUAUUGUUUUAAAAACAGAGAAAGAACCAACAUGUGGUGAUUUGGCUAAAGUGCUACAGAAUGCAUAUCGUAUUUCAAUUGAUAAUCAAUUGAUUUAUUAUCGUGGUCAACGACUUCAUCAUCGUCAUCCAUCAUCGUAUGAUCGUGCUCUUUCAAAAUAUGGAAUCUUUUCAGGCAAUUUAGUUAAAUUAGUUGGCAAACGUGGAUUACUUUAA